CUUUAUUUUGUUACAUUUGACGUUAAAUAAUUGUGAUUUAGAAGAAAAUUUAUUUUUAAGUCAUAUUUGAGAAAAUUUGAAUUUUUUAAUUUUCAAUAUUUUGGUGUGUAAAUUCUUAGGCAAUGCUCAUACAUACAAUAUGUUUUUCUUAUCGGCAUUGACAUCAGCAAUUUCAUAGUCUUGAUAACCUAAUAAUCUUCCUUAAUUAUCCAAUUUGAAAUCCAACCAAUGCUUAUUGCAGAAAAAUCACGAUAUUUUCUGAUAACCAAAUAGAAUCUACUGAAUAGCAAAAUGACCAAGUUAGUAGAAUGGACAUUUGUUAUGUCUUGUGUUUUGGGCAUAUGGAGUAGUAUUGUUACAAAAACACUUCACAUACCUUUUCUUGAUGACUGGCUUCAUUUGAUAUUACCUUUACCAUUGCUUCUUAUAUUUUUAUUUGGUAUUUACUCUGUCUCAGCAGUUCUUUAUGGUGUAUUCACUUUUAAUGAUUGUCCUGAAGCAGCUAAAGAAUUGCAAAAUCAAAUCGCAGCAGCAAAAUCUGAGUUACGUCAAAAGGGUUUCAUUUUUAAAGAAGAUCAGUACAAUACUAUUAAAUGAUUAAUGUAUAAUAUAUUAAUUUGUAUUUUAUUUAA